UUUCUUCGAUACUGGUGGAUGUUUAUCAAGAAAUUGCAAAGCAAAUGUUCAAAGAUAAUUAUUUAUCUUUGCUACAAUUGUAUAUAUAAUAUAUAUUAUAUUAAAUUUUGGUAAUUAUAACCUCAAAAAAGGAUCUACUGAUAUAAAUAUUUGAAAGAAAUAUGGAAACAUAUUUAUUAUAAAUACAAUUGUAUAUUUAAAAAACAACAAUUUUUGUAUACAAUUUGUAAAAAUACCAAAAUGGAUGAAUUUUUGUAUACAAUUUGUAAAAAUACCAAAACGGAUGCAAAUGAUACAUUAAUAUGUAAUGUUUGUGGUGUUCAACUUGAAGAAAGAGAAUAUAUUUUUGAUGAGGUAUCGCAGAAAGAAAAAUUAAUCAUCACGUUACCAACCAAGAUCUUACUAGAGGCUGAUUCUGAAUACAUAUGUUGGGACUGUCAUGAAAGAAUUAAUAAUUAUUAUGAAUUUGCUCAAAAUAUUGUUUUAAAUUCUAAGAAAAAAUAUAAUACAGCAGGAAUCAACUCAGCAGGAAUCAACUCAGCAGGAAUCAACUCUUUACUUGUAGUUGAUGAAAAUCAUAAAAUAGAAAUAACAGCAAUUUCAAAUCUCUAUAGUGACAUGAUAUAUACAUGUCCAAAUUGCAACAUAAAUCUAAAAAUCUUAGUAAAGAAUAAUCCUGAAGGUUGUUAUUAUCCGUUCCAUAUUUCAUUGAUUGUUGUAGAUCAAACGGAAAAAUUGAUAUUGGAAAAAAAUGCACAAGCGUGUGAAGAUACAACGGAGCUCGUUAAAGGAAUUUGUAGAAAUAAAUUAAACGUAGAAGACAAAUUGAAUAACUUAUCAUUAUGUAAUGAUAUUGCCAAAGACAUUACUAACCAUAAUGAACAAAAUAUUGAUAAAAUGCAAGACAGCUCGCCAAUGUUACAAGAAGACAUCAACAAUCAUGACUUUAUUCAAAAUGUUUCAGAACACUCAAAAGAAAAUCUUAAUACAGCACAUAUUAAUUUACUUGAAGAUAAUGAGAAUGAAAAAAUAGAAAUGAUGACGUUAUCCAAAUUAUACAGUGAUGUAAUAUAUACAUGCCCAAAAUGUAAUAUAGAUUUAAUGAUUUUAAUAAGAAGUAAUCAUGAAGAUGAUUGUAAUUAUACAUUUCAAAUUUCACUGGUUAUUGUAAAUAUACAAUCAUCAAUACAAGAUGAAGCAUAUAAAGGAGAUACAAUGGAACUUGUUAAUGGAGCCUAUAGGAAGGAAUCAAAUGUGGAAAAUGAACUACAGGAAUCUUUGUUGAAUCAAGAAAUAGCCAGUGAUAUUAUCCAUGAAAAACCAAGUACCAACAAAAUAUGUGGAACUUUGCCAGUAUCACAAAAAGGCAUUACAUUUCAAAAGAGAAAGAUAUUGCAUCAAAAAGGAAGAAAAAAGAAGAUUAGAAAAAACAAAAAAACAACUGCUAAGGAUAUUUGCACCAAAGAGAAAGACUAUAAGAUGGAUACAAAUGAGACAAGUGCCAAUGAAGCCACAAACGCUGCCGAAAAGGAGGAAAGUGCUGUAAAUUGUAGUCUCUGUGGAGAAUCGAUAACAAUAGAUUUAGAUCCAGAUGCUAUUAAUGAUCUGAUAACAUGCGCCGCCUGCGAGGACUCCACUCUAUCAUUGAUGGUUGAUGGAUAUGAAGCGAAAGCGAUUUCCCGGCGGGAAUAUCAAUGUUCGAUGUGUCCUAAACGUUUCAUACGCAAGGAGAGACUCGAAUUCCAUGAGAUGCGACAUAAUGAAAACAUGAACGAGUUUGUCUGCAGUACAUGCAACAACGAAUUUAGUGCGGAGAACUCUUUGUAUGAACAUUACCUCUUUGUGCACAAAGGUGCCAGACCGCAUAUUUGCGAGCUAUGCGGAAAGUCUUAUCAAAUCAAAGCCCGAUUGAAGGAACAUCUUCGAACGCAUACAGGCGAGAAACCUUAUCAGUGCAACGUAUGUGGUCUGCGUUGUAUGACUGUUAAUGCACUGAAGGGUCACAGGAAAAGUCAUUUCUCCAACAAUCGACAUAUUUGUAACAUAUGCAACAAAUCGUAUAGUAAAAAGCAGAACAUGAACGAGCAUCUGGAGAAACAUUGGAAGAUGGACAAGAACAUAUCAUUACCUCGAUUGUUUACGUGUCCUUUGUGCAAUGAGGGUUUACCGACAUAUCGCCUUCUCAAGAACCACAUGUCGGAAUUACAUCAGAUUGGUCGUAAAGAUCCUUUAGUAACAAGUCAGCAACCAUUGCACGAGUGCAACGAAUGUAAUGAGAAAUUCAAGCAUCAAAUGUCGCUCAAGGCACACAAAGAAAAAGUACAUGAAGGCAGAACAAACCCGACAUUUGAAUGCGACAUAUGCAAAGCCACAUUUAGGAUCAAGCAGAUGCUGAUAACUCACAUCAAGAACAAGCAUGGCGGUGAAAAGCGGUACAAAUGCGCUCAAUGCGGCAAAGGAUUUAGUGGCACCAAGUCUCUGUACAAUCACAUUUUACUGCACACUGGUAGAAAGCCAUACUCGUGUGAGUAUUGUGAUAUGAGUUUUAGACGAAAAGACUCCAGGGAUCUUCAUCGUCGGAAGCAUACGAAUGAACAGCCUUUCCAGUGCCAAGAUUGUGACCAGUCAUUCUCCACCUACAAUAAUCGCUCAAAACACCGCAAGAAGGAACACGGAGAGGGUAUAACCGAGAAAUGUCCAGAAUGUAGAGAAAAAUACAACAGUCAGCAGGAAGUCAGAAUUCAUCUGAACAAACAUCUCGGCGAAAAGUUGAAUGAAUUAUUGCGAAUAACACGAUGCGUUUCACGAACUGGAGUAAAAUAAUGUUAUAUAAUUAUUUAAUAUGGCAUAAUCGUAAUUGAUUAGUGACAAUUUUUUCUUAAAGCUGAUAUUUUUCAAGUAAAUAUGAAGUGAAUUUCAAACAACUGUCAAGUAAAUAAUUUAUAAUUGCAUUUAUAUUGUUUUUAAUAUAAUACAAUUGGGUUCUUUUUUAUAUGA